ACGUGCAGUGGCACUAGAUGGCGCCACUCACGUUUUAGAUCGCGCUAUGACUUGUUCAUACUAGGGUAUAUGAGGCAAGCCAUCGGUUUGCCAAGUUGUUGGUGUUCUCAGUUAUUGGUGCCUACAUUGUUUGUUUAAAUAAACCCAACACCCAUCGAGAUCAAGCCGUAGUUUCAUUUGGUGUGACCCGCGGCCCCGGUUCAAUAGUGCACGGUGGGUUUGGGUGCUCCGGCCCAUACAUUGGUCCUUCGAGCCGGAUAUCUGGAACCGAGGACAUUUUUUGGAGACAAGUGGUCACUGGAGACCACCCGCCGUACUCGCAGUGGAUUGCUGCAGAAACCGAGUACGUAGCACCGACGGAAGGCGCCGGCAGAGGGCGCCAUCGGCGCUAGCAGCGGACUGAUGACAAGUGACAGCAGAGGACAUCAACCACAGAUCAACAAGGACAGGAGUUCAAAUCACAUUGACAGCUGUCAAUGUGACACGUGAGUGCAAAAGUGUCAAGUGUCAAAAGUGACGUUUCAAAUUUAAUACUAUUAGUUAAAGUAAAUUGAACUUUAUUUCUUUAGUGAAAAUAACUUUGAAAUUUCAAGAUUGAAAAUAGACUUUGAAAGAUAAAUUAGAGUAAUUUGUUAAAGUAACUUAGAAUUAAUUGCAUGUUAAUUAAGACUUAGAAUAAGUUCACUAAAAACGAGGGAACGGGGAACCUAUGCCCGAUUUCCGCCAGAGUUAACUAAGUGUAAAACACUUGUAAAAUUUUUAAGAAAAAAUAUUAACUUAGAAGAUUUUUGGUAGCAAAAAGACUUGUAAUUUUUUGUGAUUUGAAAUUGGAACAUAGAAUUAUUUUGGUUAAUAGAAUAUUUUGUUAAAUUUGUUGAUAUUUGUGAAAUACACUUUGUUGUUUGUUUAUAGAACAUCAUAGUAAUUUAGUUUGAGAUAAUUUUAAGUUCAUUUUUCGGUUUAAUUUCAAUUAUAAUUUAAUAAUUUGCAGUAUUUAUUGAUUUGUUAGUUCAACCAUGGAAAGUUUAUUAAAUGUACAAUAUGAGUUGCAUAAUAUAAUUAAAAGGGGGUUUUCCAAUUUUAAGAAAACACCAAAGGACAGACUAAAUUGCGAGUAUAUAGAAGUUAAAUCAGAGAAUUUAGAACAUGAUUGGUUAAGUUUUAGGUCAAAUAACACAAAAUUGUACGAAAUAUCUGAACCAGAUGUUUUAUCAAGUAAACAGUAUGUCCAAAAUGAAAUAUAUGAAGCUACAGAAGAUAUUUAUUUGCUAUAUAAAUCAUUAUUAAAAAAAAUAUUGAAUCAGUAUUCUAAAGAACAACCUAGUAAGGAAAAAACUAUUGUAUCAGGUCAACAGCAAGAUUCGUGGGUAAAAUUACCAAAAAUUUCCAUUCCCACAUUUUCUGGUAAAUAUUCGGAAUGGACCACAUUUAGAGAUUUAUUUUUGGCCCUAAUUCAUAAUAACGAGACUUUAGAUAGUGUACAAAAGCUACACUAUUUAAAGUCUCACUUAACGGAUGAGGCCGAACAACUGAUUCGGCACACUCCGAUUACGGGAGCAAAUUAUAAUCAAUGUUGGUCACUUUUAGAACAACGAUAUAAUAAUAGAAAGUUCUUGGUAAACAAUAUUUUGCAACGUUUGUUUGGUAUUAAACAUAUAAAUUUGGAAUCAGCGUCGGGUCUAAAAGUACUAAUAGACACCACCAUAGACUGUUUAAAUGCAUUAAAAAAUAUUGAUAUUGAUGUGAGCACAUGGGAUAUUAUUAUCAUUCAUAUAGUCAGUUUUAAAUUAGAUCAAGAGACUCGAAAGCAGUGGGAGCUACAUAUUUCGAGCUCAGUAGAUUUGAAUAAUUUGCCAACUCUAGAUCAGUUCAAAUGUUUUAUUGAGAAUCGGUUUCGUGCACUAGAAUUCGUAGAGUCAAGAAAAUCUUCAGUACAGCGGACCAGUGGUAACAGCUCCAGACCAAAGGCUUUUGUUGUGACGAAUGAGUCAGAUAAACUUCGUUGUGAAUUUUGCUCAGGUAGUCAUAAAUUAUGUUUCUGUAAAAAAUUUGCAAGUGAAGAUGUAGAAAAACGACGCGACUUUGUAGCAAAUAACUCUAUCUGUUAUAAUUGUUUGGGCAGUAACCAUCGAGUUCAUGAGUGCAGAAAAUCUGGAACUUGCAGAAUCGACAAUUGCAGAAAACGGCAUCAUUCACUUCUGCAUCCAGAACAGGAGAGCCAGAGUAGAGCUACCAGUUCAACAGCAAGAGAACCAGUUGAGAGUGCUAGAAUUACAACUAGUGCUGAACCAAUCGUUUCCUGCUUAUCAACACAAAGAAGCUCAAAUAGCGGACAGGUUUUACUUGCAACAGCAUUAGUAAAAGCCGAGUCUGAAACUGGAGAUCAAAAUAUUAGAGCACUAAUAGAUCAAGGAUCACAAGCCUGUUUCAUAACCGAAUCAGCUGUGAAACGGUUACAGCUCAAAAAGACUGCAGUAAGCGGAACCAUAACGGGACUUGGAGGAGAUAGAGCUAUUAAUUCUAAACAUUUAGUGUCUAUUAAGUUCAAAUCUAGAUUCAAUAGAGGUCGUAAAAUCGAAGUAACAGCAUACGUAUUAAAAGAAAUCACUAGUUAUCUGCCUGAGAAAAGAAUAAAUGAAAUAAAUUGGAUAGAACUGCAGAAUCUCAGUUUAGCUGAUCCACAUUUUAAUAGGCCUAAUAAAAUUGAGCUAUUGUUGGGAGCAAAUGUGUAUAGCCAAAUUCUGCAGGAUGGCAUUAAAAAGGAUCCAACAGGCAAUCUUCUGGCACAAAACACCAGUUUAGGUUGGAUUCUGACAGGCAAGGUGACAUGUCAAAACCAGUUCAAUAGUAAUAGUCUGGAAAAUAUAUCGGUCUUACAAACUGAUAUAUUGAAAGGAAAUGGAAGAAAUUUACAGUGCAAAAAGUAUGCUGACAGAGGAAGAGCUGAAACGAAAAAAUUAUAUUUAAAUAUAAUAAAUAUUUAAAACACAACAAAACAAAAAAGUUAACAGGACAUCAAAGUCAAACAGAACAACAAGGUCAAUCAAGACAACAAGAUCAAACAGGACAACAAGGUCAAACAGGACAACAAGGUCAAACAGGACAACAAGGUCAAACAGGUCAACAAGGUCAAACAGGACAAAAAGUCAAAAAGGACAAAAGGUCAAACAGGACAACAAGGUCAAACAGGACAGUUAACAAGGUCAAACAGGACAAGACUUCAAAAGAAUAGGACAUGCUUAACAAGGACAAACAGGGCACACAUAUACAGGACAAAAAUAACCAAAAGAUCAAAGGAUAAAGGACAAUGAAAAGUUCUAGAACAAAAAAGAAAAAAUAGUAUAUAAAGGAAAAAUAAAGGUACUUACCUUAGACCGAAGUGAAGAUCAGUUUACUUACUCGGAUAAUCUGCCGGAUAUGUCAUCUGGACCUGAAACAAAAGGAUCAAUAUUAUUAGUUACAUCAUAUCUGUACAAUCUACUAGGAUCAAUAGCAACUUCAAAUUAUGAAAGCAAAAUUAAUUAUUAAAAAGCUAUAGCUAGCAAGAUCAUUUGGGAAGAGUUAAUGUUGAAAGAACUACAAAAUUAAUGGUUCACUUACCGUAGAGAACUUGAACAACUUACUGCAGGACACGUCCCCCGAUGGUUGAGUGAUCCAAAGACGAAUGUUACCCCUGAAUUAUAUAUGGAUUCUGCAAUCCUUCCCAGUUAGCAUGUGUAGCCGUGGUUUAUUCAAGAAUAGAUGACAAGGGGGAACUAUUCACAUUUCAUAGUAUCUUCAACGAAAAUCGAAGGAGACGAAGUCGUAGCACAAUGCUUGUGGCUAGACUUUAGUUAAGAUAGCGAAAGUGUUGGAUGUUCAAAAGGACAUCAUUCGAGCGUGGACUAAUUCCGCUAUUGUUCUCGUCUGGCUAAAUACCUAAAUAGUUAAUUUGACAGUUUCAAUUUCGAGAUCAUAGGUCGAGGAAUCUCAUAUAAAAUGCCAAAGGUAGAAAAGGUUAAGUCGGAAGCAGCAAUUAGGUUACUUGUCAAUACAGUUUCAGAAAAUAUCCUGCCAAAAGGUUUUAUCUAUAUUUGGAGAUUCAUUUACUUCAAUUCGAGAGCCUCUGGUAGCUGUACUGGAGAAUAACUUAAUGUUAAACGUAAUAUUUUCAACGAUAUGGCAAUUUAUUCAAAGCUUUAGAAGUCCUCUUUUACAAAGAGGGCCUGCCCCCUGGCAGCUAGUUAAUAGGUCAAAUUGUGGAAAAGCACCCACGUACUGAUAGUAUAACCCGUGUGAUCGCUAUCAAGGUGAACAAUACUACUUUCAAAAGGUCCUAAAAUUAAUAUAAUGCAAAAUUUAUGGAAAAAUCAAAUAAAAGGAAAGUUCAAAGUCAACAAAUUGAUAGUAAUAGUACCGAGUAGUGUAGUUCAUAGAUCAUUUUUAAGUUCACCUAAAAUUUAGCAUUAAAUUUAGUUAAUUUUUUUAAGUUCAAAUUCAUUUUUAAACUUUAGUAUUCUUUUCAAACUAAACUUUAAGAGUAAGAAUUGUAAGAUUAAGAAGUUAAAUAAAAUCAAUGUUUAAAUUUAAAGUAAAUAAUUGAUGCUUUGAUGGUUGUAUAUUUAAUUCAUAGAUCAAUUUUAAAUUAAUUUGUAAUUUAGUUCAUAUUUCCAGUUCAAAUUCGUUUUAUAAUUUACUAUUCCAUUCAAAGUAAAUAACUGAUAGUUGUUACAUAGUUUGUAGAUUUCAGUUCAUAGAUCAAUUUUUAUUUAACUUUAUAAUCUAACAGUUUAGUUCAUAGAUCAAUUAUUAAGUUCAUUUUAUAAUUUAGUGUUAAGUUUAGUUCAUAUUUCAAGUACGAUUUAUUUACAAGUUCAAAUUUAUUUUUUGUAUUAAUUUUAGUUCACAGUUCAAUGAACUUGAGCAGUUCAAUUAUAAUUUUUGUAUUAAUUUUAUAUCUCGUUCAGUAAAAUCUGAAAAAUUUGGAAUGUAGGUCAGUAAAGUCAAACCUUGUAAACUUCUCACCAAGAACAUUACAUGUGGUCACGGUGGGCGGAAUAAUGAAGGACAUUUCGCCACUAAAUGUCCUUGGUGGGCGGUAUGUUUACGUGCAGUGGCACUAGAUGGCGCCACUCACGUUUUAGAUCGCGCUAUGACUUGUUCAUACUAGGGUAUAUGAGGCAAGCCAUCGGUUUGCCAAGUUGUUGGUGUUCUCAGUUAUUGGUGCCUACAUUGUUUGUUUAAAUAAACCCAACACCCAUCGAGAUCAAGCCGUAGUUUCAUUUGGUGUGACCCGCGGCCCCGGUUCAAUAGUGCACGGUGGGUUUGGGUGCUCCGGCCCAUACACUAUACGGUAACAUAUCAUGCGAAAUCCUACUAAUAACUAUCCUAAUAAAAAUCAAUAAACGCGAAGGUUUGUAUGGGAUGUAUGUUUGUUACUCUUUCACGCCUCGUAUGUUUAGUGUGGCCUCUGCUACUGAACCGAAUCACCUGAAAUGUGAAGUAGAGAGAUUUUACUCUGGAUUAAUACAUUCAUCCCGGAAAAAUCCAUGGCUCCCGCAGGGUUUUGAAAAACUAAAUUCCGCACAGACGAAGUAGCGGGUGUCCGCUAGUUAUAAAUAGAAGGGGGAGAAAGUUUACGAGUUUUACGCAGGCGGCUUCAGAAGUGGCUUUCUGUAAUUUCAAAAUGACCAUAUUGUAUUAAGUUGUUUUUUUUAAGGGUUCCAUAGUCGUCAAGAAAACAUGUCCUAGUUUCGCCAUGUCCGUCCGUGGUUUAGCGCAGUGACUUACUACUAGAAAGCUGUAAAUUAACAUGAGCAUAAAGUCGUAAAAUAUAAUCUUGAAUGUUUUUUUACGAUACCGGCCCUACGUGUAAGGUGGGGUUGAGUUUUCUUACUCGUUUAUUUCAUACUGUGAGAUAUGUUUAGAUAGUUCUUUGAAAGAUACGAGGGGGUCUUCUACCAACAUUAUUCGAUUUAGGAAUCAGUUUAAUGUUAGGCUUUCAAGAGCAAACAUUCGAGUCUAGUGUCCCCACGGUCCCCACCUUCUACCGGCUAAACGGUCGUUUAUGGAUAAGUAGUGUUAGAUUUUUAAUUAUUUAAAUAAUUAUAAAUACAUAAGACAACAUAUAAAAACUCCUUCUUCCAGAUAAAUGUUUUAAUCUGUACUGUUUAUUAAUGAUAAUGGUUUUAUUCUGAGGUUGGUAGGGUAUUGUGAUACAUACUCUAUGUAAAAGAGGCGAACAUGCGAUUAUGUGGCGUGAAGUUUAUUUAAUUAAUGUAUUAUCCAUCUACCAAAGUAACGAUUUGUUUAAGAAUGAGUAAUAAGUUAUUUGAAAUACAGUUUAUACAUUCCAGCUUGUGUUAUUUUAUUCCAUUGCUUUUAUCAGAAGUGAGAGUACCUACGAACACGAUGUCAUUACCUACAUUAAAGUCGAUCUACAGAAAGAAAAUGUAACGGCAUUUAAAUGAAGUGUGAAUUUGGGAAACAGUGGUUUACAUUACGAGAAAUGCGAUAAAAAUCAUACGUGUGUACAACCAUUAAGUAUGUAUACCACUGACGGCUAUGGGACGCACGCCGCACUGGUCCCGGUAAAAGUAUUUAUGCGAUGUCGGUUGUCGAUGCUUACAAUAUCUAACAAGAAUGAAGAAACGUAAACGUAACACACUUAUACCAUGUUGACGAUAUUUAUGAGCAAAACAGUCAAACAGUCCAACAGCACUCAUAAGAGGAUAUUAUUUGAAAAACUGCGAGAGAACAGAGAAGAACGUGUAAAUUAAUAACAAAAUACAAAGAUGCAUGUGUGGUGUUAGCUGCAGAGUAUAUGAGAUGGAAUCCUGUUGGUUUGACGGAUGAGAAAUACCAAUGAUGUCUAAAUAUAUUAAACUAGGUGUCUGGUGAGUUUUAUUAGUUUGAUUAAACAGCCUCAUAAAUUAUUCAGUUGUGACUAAUAUGAAAUAAAAUUACAAAGAAUAAAUAAUCACUAGGUGAAACUAAGUAUGGUUGAUAGGUUGUCAGUUUGUCUGGCUUAUUGUCAAAACAUUUUUGUUAGAUGACUAUAUCUAGGAAACCAAAAUCAUUUAAGUGAAAAGUACACACACACACACACACACAUACACACUGCUCAAGAAAUUAACGUAUGAAGACAGACCACUCUAGGGUUGUUAGGAUGUAGGACACUGGCAUAAUGUAAUAUUGAGAAAUCUUAAUUAUAGAACUACAUUACAUCCGUUGCUGACAUGGGACUAAAAUGAAUUAACUAAAAUAUUGUUUUUUUUUGUGCCUGUAACUUCAAACUAUACAUUUGUUAUAUGUGAGUUUUUAUGACUGAAUAACAUAAAAAUUAAAAAUAUAUGAAGUUUUAUGUAAUGGUUCAAGUAUUAUUUUAGGCCUUGAUGUAGGUACCUGAUAACAAGUUUUGAGACAGCUAUUACAAUAUUUUCAGAUAGGAUUUGCUUAGAUAUAUCAUUAUGUAGAUUACUGUAUGUACUUAAUAUAAAUUUUUUUAAAUCUUUUAAGAAAUUGGAUUGAUAGAUUUCUUGAAAAAUAAAUUUGUAGUUAUGUUUGAAAACCUAUUUAACUAUUCAAGCGUUGACAACAUGCCUUCAGCCUAUUUAGUAUAGAACAGUUAUUAACAAUCUGCAGCAACACAGUAAAUGAUUCUUAUCCAUGAAUAUUAUUAUAUUCGGCUUAUCUACAAGAGUACUAAGAGAUAUUAUGAUAUUCAUCUUAAUGAAAUCUUAUAAUUAAUUAAAUUGGAGAUUUUUUUUUAGGGUGAUAUUAAAAAGUUACUUGUGUGACAAUUGAGUAAUAAAUAAUUAAUUAUAAUAAUAUCAUUGAUCACAAAUUGUCUUAGAGCCCAGUCUGUAUGGACUUCAAGUAAAGAGACACAGAUUGCCAUAAAUAGGUUGUAAAAUAUUUGUCUAAGACAUAUUUUGACAGUUUUGUGGGUGGGUGACGUUGGGCUCUCUUUUCAUUAAUGGUCAUGUGCAGAUGUAUAGAUUCUACAUACAAGUAAAUUAACCAUACUAUUGCUGUUGUUUUAGAUUCAAUCAAUCAGUUUAUUAUUUGCAGAUACACUAGUGUAUUUAAUCCAUGUCUCAUUUGUUUAUUUCUAGCAUUUUAUUAGAUUGCAACAUUUUGUAUAAUUAUGAAAAUUAGUAAUUAUUAUGGGGUUGUGGUUAGAAUUAUAUAUUCGGAUGGUUACAAUGAUAUGUGCAUAAGGUUUUAACUAGGGUAUACUAGUACACUAAAGGUAAAAAAAAAAAUUAGAAAAUUCCUUGGCCAACAUAUUAAGUGGUAUAGGUUUUGAAUAUAGAUUUGUAUUGGGUCCUUAGGUAGUCAGUACAUUUGUGCAUCUACAAAGUGCACGCCACCGAGUUGUUGGUACCUGCAUGCAACUGAUGGGUGGUCUGCAUCAAGUAUGAAUCAAUAUAGAGACUUAAAUCAUUACAUCAGUAAAAUAAUUAAUGGAUAUAGCCAAAAAAAAAAAAAGAAAUUUAACAGAAUUAAAAAAAAAAGAAUAUACUAAAAUUAAUGAAUAGGUAAAACCUCUGAUAGCAAACUAGAGGUAUAUAACAAAGGGGGUGGUCUGGUCUAAGACAGGUUUAUGCUACUAUUAUUACAAAAAAGGGGGUAGUCUGAAGAUAAUUAUACAAUACAUAGUCAAAUAUCAUCUUUUCUUAUCUAGUGAUAACUACUAGGAUUGGAUUACAUACUAAAAUUAUUACAAUCAUAAAUCGCAAUAUUUUCAAGAAGUCUUUAUUAUCAUUAAAAAAAAAAAAAGCAUUUCUUUAGGAGAAAGAGUCUUUUGUCUGAAUUAAAGUAAAUUGAUAGAUUAACACAUGUUUAACAUUUUAUUUCAUUUUAUGUACCGGGUCUAAGGUUCAUUCAAUUAUAGACUGAUUUUCUCUUGGAUGCUAGGUAUGCUAGUUAUGUUAAAUUAAAUUAUUUGUCAAACAAGUAUGAUAUUUAUCUGAACGAUUAAGUGACUGAGCUAUGUGAUACUGUGUGAAAAUAUUUGAUUACAGAUCCGAGAUGCAUGGAUAUUGAUUGAUGAAUAUGGGAUAUAUGAGAUUCUCAUGAUAAUCAUCGGGUUGAACACAGCCCUAUUCGACAGUUGACCCAAAUCACAAAGAUGAGAGAAGUUACACUAUGUAUUGAUAACACACGAUUUAAAUUUAGUAUUUUUAUUUAUGAUAUGAUGAUAUUAUAAUUAUGUAUUAUAUUGAGAGUUAUUAGUUUUGAUAUCAUAUAUACAUAUAUUUUAAAUAUUUGCUCACAUCCAUGAUGUUAUUCAUUAAUUAUGACUUACUGAUGACGAUUUGUGUUUUGGUAAAAUUUUAAUAUAAGGAUAGAUGUAUUACACAGGCCGACACGAUUUUCGUUGUCCAAGAUAUAAUUAUUUUUUUUCUACUGAUUUUGUAGUGCUGAUUACGAAAUCAGACCUAAUUUUAUCAUAUCACAUCAGAUUUUUAGUAAAAUUAAUAUAUUCGCUAGUUUUGAUUUUUCAGUGAAAUUUUCGAGUUUUGGCACUCUUUCUUUGAAUUAAGCGACCUCUCAUGAGAAAUUACUUCAGUUAUAACAACGACACACCUAUUUGUAACGCGUUUCGUGGAAAUAAGCUGUUAUAGUGCCUUUGUUAAAAAAAAAUAUAUAUAUAUUUUAGUUAAUGGUUUUUUUUGUUGUUGGAAAACGUCUGAUAAACAUAACGUCUUCUAUAAAGUGUCACAAUAGUCCAGAUAUAUUUUGUUACAUUUGUUGAAACUUUAUGAUUCUAAGCAAAAACUGAAAAAUUUGUGGAAAAUAUGUAUAAUAAAUAUGUAGCUUAUUUUGACUUCAAAAUACAAAUAAAAUCGUAGACUCUGCAGUUUGUACUAAUCGUGUUGAACAAUUAAGGCAGUGGACACUGGACAUACAGCAAAAGACAAUCUCUACCUUUUGGUACUACCUAUGAUAUAGUGAAAGCAAGACAAUCAUACAGAUAUUGUUAUUUUUGCUGUAUGUUAGAAGCUUUUAAAGUAAAAUUUGUUUUCCUUUUUGUAAAAAAAAAUUGAUGUGAUAGAGUAAUUGUGCAGGUAUUUUUGUGUUCAAAAUACUAUAAAUUACUGAUAAUUUUUACUGAAAUCAAAACAACGUUCAAAAAGUAUUCAUUUGUCGGCCGGUGUUAUCGAUAAUAUUUUAGAUAGUAUUAUAGUAUAGUAGUGUUAUGACGACUAAUAUACCGUUAUUUGUUUUGUGAAUGAUUAUGGAUAUAUUUGUUGUAUAAUAAUUUCUCUAUUGAUUAUUACACAGCAAAAUAAAAUAAAUAAAUAAAUAUAAAAAGAUUCCAACGAAUUGAUAAACUCCUUUUUUUUGAAGUCGUUUAAAAAUGUAUGUAUAUGUAUUUAUAUCUGAUUUUAUAUUUUGAUUAUCUUCUAUCACAUGUCAUCUGGAAGUCUAACACGAUCAUGAAGUCCUGUAACUAUAUUAGUUCUGAACUUGAUGGUGAGGGGUUCGGUGCAGAUGCAACACAUCAUCUGGAAGUCUAACACGAUCACAAAGUCCUGUAACUUUACUAGUUCUUGACUUGGUGGUGAGGGGUUCGGUGCAGAUGUCACACAUCAUCUGGAAGUCUAACACGAUCACAAAGUCCUGUAACUUUACUAGUUCUUGACUUGGUGGUGAGGGGUUCGGUGCAGAUGUCACACAUCAUCUGGAAGUCUAACACGAUCACAAAGUCCUGUAAUUUUACUAGUUCUGGACUUGGUGGUGAGGGGUUCGGUGCAGAUGUCACACAUCAUCUGGAAGUCUAACACGAUCACAAAGUCCUGUAACUUUACUAGUUCUGGACUGGGUGGUGAGGGGUUCGGUGCAGAUGCCAUUAAUCGAUGAUGACGAAUUUGACAAAUAUAAAUAAUGUUUUGAAAUGAUGAAAAUAGAUAAGUUGAUUGACAAAAGCUUCACAUGAACAUUAUGUUUAUUUAUAAUAUGUAUCACUCUUAUUCUUAUUUAACAUUUUUAUGAUAAAAGUAUAUAGAAGAAAUCAAGAAUUUCAUUAUAGUUUCAUUGGAUUCUUUUAAAUAACUUAUGGGAUGCUGUGUGAUAAUUAAUUAUAAAAUUUUAUUGUUAACAUUGUUCUAUUUAUAGUUGAUAUUAUAGUAAUGUCAUAAUUUCAUGAUAUUCUUGUGUUGUUUGGGGACAAACUUUUAGUAAGGAUGGCCGAAUAUUAGAAGAUAAAGACAUUACAUUUGUAAAUAUUACAUAUCGUCUAUGUACUUAAUGCUUUAAAUUAAUCUACUACUCUGUCUAAGUUAAUUACAAUAUUUAAUAAGUCUCUGUCUAGAGUAAAGCUCCCUCUUGUCAUCUGGAAGCUCAGACAAAUAUUAGAAGAUAAAGACAUUACAUUUGUAAAUAUUACAUAUCGUCUAUGUACUUAAUGCUUUAAAUUAAUCUACUACUCUGUCUAAGUUAAUUACAAUAUUUAAUAAGUCUCUGUCUAGAGUAAAGCUCCCUCUUGUCAUCUGGAAGCUCAGACAAAUAUUAGAAGAUAAAGACAUUACAUUUGUAAAUAUUACAUAUCGUCUAUGUACUUAAUGCUUUAAAUUAAUCUACUACUCUGUCUAAGUUAAUUACAAUAUUUAAUAAGUCUCUGUCUAGAGUAAAGCUCCCUCUUGUCAUCUGGAAGCUCAGACAAAUAUUAGAAGAUAAAGACAUUACAUUUGUAAAUAUUACAUAUCGUCUAUGUACUUAAUGCUUUAAAUUAAUCUACUACUCUGUCUAAGUUAAUUACAAUAUUUAAUAAGUCUCUGUCUAGAGUAAAGCUCCCUCUUGUCAUCUGGAAGCUCAGACAUACAUAAGACCUACCUCGCUAGAUGUUGUUUUUCGUCAAAGUACAUGAUUUACUUGUAUGAUCUAAUGCGAUUAUAAGAACUGUCUCUGUAGAAUCGAGGUUUCAUAGUUAUAACUUUAUAUUAACAUAACUUUUAGUUUAGUUUAGGAAUGACAAAAUGACAGACAAUUUUGUCGUGAAUUUGGGUAAUUGGACUGAAUCUGGAAAUGAUUAAAGAUUGAAUUUAUUUCAAAUUUGUAAAAACAAGAAUUAACAUACCAGUUUAACUGAAUUUAAGUGUUUGGAUUUUUAUCAAUAGAAUCACUAUCAAAAUCUGUAUAGGUCUGUAUUCACAAUUUGUAAAUAUUGAAUGAGAAAUCUGUUAAACUAUAAUUAUAUAAUUCUUAAAGAAUAUUUAAAUGUAUUGUAGGGUGUUUCAACAUAUUGUUAAAUCAAGGUUUAAAAUUAGAAAAUAUCUGUAAUGACAAAAUUGAAUUUUACUACUUGUAAAUCAGUGAAUUUAGCAAGUAGUAAUAAUAAUAGAUUAAUUGGGACUCACUUUUGUUAUAAUUAGAAAUUAUUGGAGAAUUAAUGAGUUGUGGUAAUAAACAUAAAUUAAAAUUUUAAAUACUAUGAGACAUAGUUCAGUGAAUCUUUAUAAUAAUGUAAUGUUAGAAUUUAUUUGUGUUUACAAAGUUUGAGGACAAACUUGUAGUCAGUAUGGCCGAAUGUUAGAUUUUUAAUUAUUUAAAUAAUUAUAAAUACAUAAGACAACAUAUAAAAACUCCUUCUUCCAGAUAAAUGUUUUAAUCUGUACUGUUUAUUAAUGAUAAUGGUUUUAUUCUGAGGUUGGUAGGGUAUUGUGAUACAUACUCUAUGUAAAAGAGGCGAACAUGCGAUUAUGUGGCGUGAAGUUUAUUUAAUUAAUGUAUUAUCCAUCUACCAAAGUAACGAUUUGUUUAAGAAUGAGUAAUAAGUUAUUUGAAAUACAGUUUAUACAUUCCA